UUUACCAUAUCUAUUAUUAGUUACUUUAAGAACUUCCUGUAUACUUUUACUAUUUCAAAGUUUAAGGAAUGCAUCAUUAAUGAAGUUGAUUUUCUGAGUUUAUUAUUUUUGCUUAUCUGAAUUUCCUUCAUAAAACUAGUGAGGUUUGUGUAUCGACAAUAAUUAGUUUCAUUAGAGCACUUUUUUGGCAAAGUAGCUUUAUUAAAUUACUAGAUUUGACCUAAUACGCUUGCCAUUUAUUGAUGUAUAGAAAUGAUAAUCCUAUAAAUGUUUCUACUAUGGCUUCAACACAUUUCCGUUGGAAAAUAAUUAUUAACUUUUUCGUAAAAUGGAAUCCUCUGCUAAACAAUCAAAGUGUAAUGAUUCUUUGGAUUUGGACGACAUCCUACCACAAGUGGGAGAGUUCGGAAAAUAUCAAAAACUGAUGUUAUGGUUCGUGUGUCUUCCUGCAUGUUUUCCUUGCGGUUUUUGCGCAUUCAACCAACUCUUCAUGACAGAUGUUCCGGAACAUUGGUGUACAAUUCCCUCUUUAGCAAAUACAACUAUAGAAUUAAGAAAAAAAUUGGCAAUACCGUUCGAUAACGAGACCUUCAGUAAGUGUGAAAGAUAUGCAGUGAAUUGGACGAAAAUUGUUGAAGAAAACGACUUGAAUUAUAACGACAUUCAAACAAAUAUUUCAUGGCCUAAAGAGAAAUGUUUAGACGGUUGGGAGUAUAACAAAUCGGAAAUUUCAUCUAGUAUUGUUAUUGAUUUUGAUCUUGUCUGUGAAAGGGACAUUUAUCCAACAAUUGGUCUUACAGCACUGAAUAUAGGGGGUCCCGUUGGAGUUUACUUUUUUGGUUUUUUGAACGACAGAAUUGGAAGGAAGAAAUCGUUUUUUGUUUGUCUGACAACUGUCAUUUUUGGAAGCAUAUUAACAGCAACGGCUCAAGAUUUUCUUUGGUGGGCCAUCAGCAGAGUUAUUGUAGGUCUUACCGUACCAGCAAUAUACCAAAUACCAUUUAUAAUCUCAUUGGAACUUGUGGGUCCUAACUAUAGAUCGUUUGUAACUGUAAUGACUUGUAUGUUCUACACUGUUGGUUUGAUGAUUUUGGCUGGUAUAACAUACUUGAUUCGAGAUUGGGUCCAUUUGACGCUUGCUACGUCAGUUCCGUUUUUUCUUUACUACUUUUAUUGGUUUGUUUUACCAGAAAGUCCACGAUGGCUUCUGGCACGAGGAAAGUUUGAGGAAGCUGCACAAACCCUUCAGAAACUUGCACAAAUCAAUGGGAAAGAGGUACCGCCCAGUUUCCAGCUCCAACUUGAGCAGAGAAUUUUUGCAAGCAAAACCAACGAAGAGACUAUAAAACACGGCGGUUUGAAAGAUCUGUGUUUUACGCCUAAUAUGCGUCUCAAAACGUUCCUGAUAACUGUGAGCUGGUUUUCGACUGAGACCGUUUACGUUGGUUUAAGUUAUUACAGUCCUGCACUUGGAAAUAAUCAGUAUCUUAGUUUUUUCAUGUCAUCCCUUGUGGAAAUACCCAGCUACUUAUUGUGCUGGUUUUUGUUGGAUAAAUGGGGCAGAAGAUGGCCGUUGAGUUUGUCUAUGACCAUUAGUGGGUUGUGUUGCAUUGGAACAAUGUUUGUAGCAUCAGGUGACGAAAAGACAAUAUUGGUGCUUUAUUUAGCAUCCAAAUGGGCAAUAUCAGCAUCUUUCUUGAUAAUAUACCCUUUUGCUGGUGAACUUUAUCCCACGCAAUUGAGAGGGAUCGGUAUUGGCGCCUCUGCAUAUAUCGGUGGCUUGGGGUUGAUAAUAAUUCCGUUUAUCAAUUAUUUGGGCUUAGAAAACAAAUCUCUCCCUCUCUUAAUUAUGGGCAUUGUCUCUGUGAUUGGUGGAGUUUUGACGUUACGAUUACCAGAGACUUUACAUCAUCGAUUGCCUCAAACUGUUGAAGAAGGGGAAGAAUUUGGAAAGGACUUCUCUUGGGCCGAUUGUUGCCGCUGUAUACCGUUAAAACCUCAAGCUGCUGAUAGUACUUGCUCAUAUGAAGACCUAGAGCUGGAAGCAAUGAAAUUCAAUGAUGACAUUUCGGAAGAAACGCCCCUUGGAAUAUGCCAAAGAAGACUAUCUAUGAAGAAAUUGGUGCGCCAAGCGAGCGUCCUGGAUACGCAGAAGGAUACGGAUGGGUCCAUGAAAAUGACUUAUUGGUUUUAAAAGGUAAUAAAUACUCAUUAAAUUAAACACUAAUUUAUAGUGGCACUAAUAGAUUGCACAUGUAUAUUAAUCACAUAAUUAAAAUAUAAAACUGAGUGCAAUCUUUAUUACUUAAAAAAUAAAAAUAGUAAUCCCGUGUAAUCCCGUUUUGCUGUAAAGGUCUACAAGAAUAGCCUGGCACUUUUUUACUUUUUUAAUUUUUUAUAGCGAUCUCAAAAAUUAAUUUAUAUAAUGUGCAUUGAAUUUUACGUUAUGAUUCUAAAAAAAAAAA